AUGAAAUCUUCCAUUUUCAUUGCAAUCAUCUUUGGCCUAUUUAUGCUCACGCUUAUUGAAGGUUAUACUGUAGUGAUACAGAACAAGGUAACGAAAGGCACGGAUACUAUGGUUGCUGCCACCUAUGGAGAUGAAGGUGGUAACUUUAAUUGGUGGCAUACGAACGAUGCAAUCGUCGAAAAUUUUGCAGAAGCUCACAGUGGUUAUAAUAUAACUAUUCCUGAUAAUGUAACAACAUAUUGGCUCGUUUUCGGAGUAGACUGGUCUACUGAACAAGAUAAAUGGCGUGGCCCAUUCACCAAUAAUGGAGAUCAAUGUUGGCACUUUCAUGGUACUUUAGAUGAUUGGAAAAUAUAUGGAUGUUAA